AUGAUGAAGGUCCUAGAGGGAUUUCUUUCUCUAGGUUUGUUGGCUGUUUUUUGGAGCUCCAGUAAUGCAGAGCAACAGGAGUUCAUGUUACUUGCGGGCCCUCUGACCACCAGCCAGACUUCACCUUCAGACGAAGACAAUGUGUUUAACUGUGGAGGUCCACUGCCACAACAAUCCAGAGCCUACUUCCUGUACCUUCAGAGCAGAGGGGUGACCCACUUUAAAGUUCCCCUGUCCUGGUCUCGCAUCCUUCCCUCAGGUGAUCCCAACCAGCCGCAUGGAGACACUGUGCAGUGCUACAAGAUGCUUGUGCAGCACCUGACUGAAUCAGGCAUCAAACCUCUGCUGGUGCUCCAUCGUUCUGCUGUACCAGAACUCUUCAGAGCCAGAUUUGGAGGCUGGGAGAAUCUGUUACUCAUGCAGAUGUUUCAGCAGUAUGCAGGAUUUGUGUUCAAUACAUUUAGGGAUCUUGUGGACACAUUCAUCACGUUCAGUCACCUGCAUGAGCUACAUGAAGUGCAACUUCAAAAUGCUGUCCAGUCCCAUGCAAAUGUUUAUAAUGUUUAUCAUCAAAUGUUCAAAGCCCUUAAUUUUUCUCUUGGGAUCAGAGCCAGUGAUAUUAACUCCAUUUAUCAAAUGGGGUCAAAAAUCAUGGCAUAUGUGGAUUUCAUCUCUCUGCAUAUGCAGUACAACUGCAAAUUGGAGACACCUCUUACGGAGGAAUUGAGGAAGUUACAGAUUGGCAGUGGUCAAAAGCCCAUCCUUAUGUAUCAGCUGACAGUCAAAGACUGUGAUGGAUAUGAAGAUUAUUUCCAGCCACUUCAUGCAAUUUUUGGAAUAUUACAGAGCAAAGACCUUGACAUCAUGGGAUGUGACAUCACACACCUUUUUGAGAAGCUAGAUCAAGAAGAAACACUCAAAAGUUUUCAGAUGGAAAAUACUAAGACAGUCUCCCAUCAGAAAUCAGCUUCUGCAUUCUCAUACCAAAAGGUCUGGGAGAAAUUCAGAAGUCAAACCGAAGCUGAGCGCGAUCAGUUUCUGAGUGCCUCGUUCCCAGUUGAUUUUGAAUGGUCCGUCUCCAGUGAGAGUUUCAAAGUGGAGGGUGGAUGGGCUGAACACGGGAAGGGCGAGACCAUAUGGGACCGAUUUAGCCAUGAGGAUCGUGUCUUUGAAAACCAGACCACUGAUUUGGCCUGUGAUAGUUAUCACAAGGUGGACUACGAUGUGUAUCUGCUUAGGGGCUUGAUGGCACCUAAUUAUCAGUUCUCAGUUUCCUGGGCUCGCAUUUUCCCCACUGGACGCAAAGAAAGUUUGCUUGAAAAGGCUGUUGCUUAUUAUGACAAGAUGAUUGAUACGCUCCUACAAUCCGGCAUCGAGCCCACUGUUGCCCUGCAUCACUGGGACCUUCCCCAAGCUCUGCAGGACACAGGCGGCUGGGAAAACGACUCUAUUGUGGAAGCUUUCAAAGUAUUUUCUGACUUCUGCUUCUCUCAUUAUGGAGACAGAGUCAAAACAUGGAUCACCUUCGGCAGCCCGUGGGUAGUGAGCAACUUGGGCUACGGAACAGGGGAACAUCCCCCAAGUGUGAAAGACCCAAUAAUCGCAUCUUACAAGGUGACACACAAUAUUCUAAAAUCUCAUGCUGAAGCCUGGCAUAUUUAUAAUGAUAAUUACAGAAAACUGCACGGUGGAAAAGUGGGCAUUGCUCUUAACUCUGAUUGGGCAGAGCCGAGGAAUCCCUCAAGUGAUCAGGAUGUAGCUGCAGCUGAGCGUUAUCUGAACUUCAUGCUGGGCUGGUUUGCUCAUCCCAUAUUUGUAGAUGGAGACUACCCAGCCGUGCUAAAGGAACAAAUUGAGAAAAAGAAAGAUUUAUGUGGUAAAGAGCUGGCAAGACUCCCUGUCUUCACUGAGGCUGAGAAACAAAGAAUCCAAGGCACAGUUGAUUUCUUUGGACUUAACCACCACACUUCCCGACUGGUUAGUGAGAGCUUGAAUAGCUGCGAUGCUGGACCGAAUAACGUUGGGGACUUCCAGACUCAUACUGACCCCACAUGGCCCCCCACAGCUUCUGACUGGAUCCAGUCUGUUCCGUGGGGUCUUCGACGAUUAUUGAACUACAUCUCUUUGGAGUACACGUCCAUCACAAAGGUACCCAUCUACAUCACAGGAAAUGGAAUGCCAACUGAAUACAAUGGCGAUGUGUUCAGUGACACUGAGCGUGUUGACUAUCUCAAAGCUUACAUUAAUGAGGCAAUGAAAACUGUGCAUUUGGAUGAAAUUGACAUCCAGAGGUUUACAGUCCAGUCUCUAAUGGAUGGAUUUGAGGGUCCUCAAGGCUACAGUCAACGAUUUGGAUUGCACUAUGUGGACUUUGAAGAUCCUGACAGGCCGAGAACCCCCAAAGCAUCAGCAUAUUACUACUCAAAGGUGAUUGAGAGAAAUGGAUUUGCUGAGACUGCAGCAAAGGGUAACAUGCAAAUAUAUGGAAAUAAAAUUGAGAUCACAAGACUCCCUAGUCUGCCACCAUCUGAAGUUCCUUCAAAAGCAAAGGUUGUUUGGGAAAAGUUCUCUCCUCAGACCAAGUUUGAGAGACAGCUUUAUCACUACGGAACAUUUCCAGAGGGAUUCCAUUGGGGUGUCUCGUCUUCAGCAUAUCAGGUAGAAGGUGGCUGGAAUGCGGAUGGAAAAGGACCAAGUGUUUGGGAUACUUUCACUCAAAAACCUGGUAAUAUCCCAAACAAUGACAAUGGUGAUGUUGCAUGUGACAGUUACAACAAAAUAGAUGAGGAUCUACACAUGUUGAGAGCACUGAAAGUGAAGACUUACAGAUUCUCCCUGUCGUGGUCUCGAAUUUUUCCCAAUGGCUAUAAAUCUUCUCUUAACCAGAAGGGGGUGGACUACUACAACAGGCUCAUAGAUGGUCUCAUAGCAAACAAUAUUGCACCCAUGGUGACUCUCUACCAUUGGGACCUGCCACAGGCUUUGCAGGACAUAAAUGGUUGGGAAAACCCUGAAAUAAUUAACAUAUUCAGUGAAUAUUGUGACUUCUGCUAUGCAACAUUUGGAGACAGGGUGAAGUUUUGGAACACAUUUAAUGAACCCCAGACAAUUGCAUGGUCUGGAUAUGGACUGGGUCAAAUUCCACCUAAUGUGAAGCAACCCGGAGAUGCUCCAUACAAGGUUGCACACAACCUCCUGAAAGCUCAUGCUCAAGCAUAUCACACUUAUGAUGAGAAAUACAGGGCAUCUCAAGGAGGUCUGGUAUCCAUUAGUCUGAACGCUGAAUGGACAGAACCCCUAGAUGUCAAUGUCCCUCGAGAGGUGGUGGCUGCUGAUCGAGCCCUUCAGUUCCAGCUUGGUUGGUUUGCACACCCCAUCUUUAAAAAUGGCGACUACCCUGAUGCCAUGAAGUGGCAGGUUGGCAAUAAAAGUGAACUUCAAGGCUUGACAGAUUCCCGGUUGCCUUCUUUUACUGACCAAGACAAAGCCUUUAUCCAAGGAACAGCUGAUGUGUUCUGCAUUAACACAUACACUACCAAAGUCGUGCGUCAUGUGACCAGCAGACUAAAUAUUGAGUCUUAUCAAACAGAUCAGGAUCUUGAAAAGGACAAUGCAGAUGGCUCUGAAAAUACAGCUGUUAAUGAGCAGAAGGCUGUUGCUUGGGGACUCAGGAGACUUCUUAACUGGUUAAAGGAAGAGUAUGGAGACCCUGAGAUUUAUAUUACGGAAAAUGGUGUAGCUACAGACACUGCCAUAACAGUUGAUGACACUGAUCGCAUAUUCUUCCUGAAGACCUAUGUUGAUGAGGCUCUUAAAGCACACAAUCUGGAUGGGGUACGUGUUAAGGGUUACAUUGCUACCUCUCUAAUGGACUCCUUUGAGUGGCUGAAAGGCUACACUGUUGGCUAUGGACUACACUAUGUAAACUUUAAAGAUUCAAGUUGGCCGAGAACUCCGAAGCGCUCCGCUCACCUCUACUUUGAAAUAAUGAGAAAUAAUGGCUUUCCACUGCCAGCGGAGGAAGAAAUGUUAUAUGGACAUUUCCAAGAGGGAUUUAUAUGGAGCACGGCAACCGCUGCCUAUCAGAUAGAGGGCGCCUGGAGAGCCGAUGGAAAAGGUCUCAGCAUUUGGGACAAAUUUGCUCAUACUGCUUUAAAGAUAUCGCAGGAUGAAAACGGUGACAUUGCCUGUGACAGCUACAACAAGAUCGCUGAGGAUAUCAAUAGUCUCAAAACACUGAGGGUCAACCAUUAUCGGUUUUCUAUUUCAUGGCCCAGAAUUAUGCCAGAUGGAACGACCAGGAAAAUUAAUGAAGCUGGACUCAACUACUAUCAUAGGCUAGUGGAUGCUCUUUUGGCAGCCAAUAUCAAGCCACAGGUGACUUUGUACCACUGGGAUCUUCCACAAGCACUCCAGGAUGUUGGUGGCUGGGAGAAUGACACAAUUGUCGAUAGAUUCAGAGACUACGCUGAUGUUGUAUUUAACAGUCUGGGAGACAAAGUAAAGUUCUGGAUAACUAUAAAUGAACCCUACAAUGUUGCAAUGGUAGGACAUGGCUAUGGAAGUGCAGCACCAGGUAUAAGUUUCAGACCAGGCACUGCGCCAUAUAUUGUGGCACACAACCUCAUCAAAGCUCAUGCUGAGGCCUGGCAUGUGUAUAAUGAUAAGUAUCGUGCCAAACAUGGUGGCAUUGUUGGCAUCACAAUAAAUUCUGACUGGGCUGAACCGAGAAACCCAUACAAACAGGAAGACGCUGAUGCUGCCUUGCGUGUAGUUCAGUUCCAGAUUGGUUGGUUUGCUCAUCCGGUGUUCAAUGGAGAUUACAGCGAUUUAAUGAAGAACAUCAUUCGAGAGAGAAGUUUAGCGGCUGGCCGACCGCAAUCAAGGCUUCCAGAAUUUACUCCUGCAGAAGUAGCGAGAAUUAAGGGUACUCAUGAUUAUUUUGGAUUUAACCACUACACCACUGUCUUAGCCUAUAACAUGGACUACAAGAACCUCGAGCAUUAUGAUGCAGACAGGGGUGCAGGAACAGUUGCGGAUCGCACAUGGCUGGAUUCUGGAUCCUUCUGGUUAAAAGUAACCCCUAUGGGAUUCAGAAAAAUUCUGAAUUUCAUUAAGGAGGAAUAUGGAGACCCUCCUAUUUACAUUACAGAGAAUGGAGUAUCAGAACGAGGGCCAAUGAAUCUGAAUGAUGUUCACCGAAUCCACUACUAUGAUAACUAUAUCAAUCAGGCCCUGAAAGCGUAUUUGCUGGAUGGUGUGGACAUCCGCGGCUAUGCUGCCUGGACACUAAUGGACAAUCUGGAAUGGGCGACGGGUUUUGAUGAAAAGUUCGGCUUUUUCUAUGUAAAUCGAUCAGAUCCUUCUUUACCACGAAUUCCUAAGAAAUCUGUCUGGAACUAUGCUACAAUAAUCAACUGCAAUGGCUUCAUAAGCCCAGGAGAAAGUCCACAUGAAUGUCAGAUCCAUGAACCUGAAGGUGACAUCCCAGGAUCUACUCCUCCACCUCUGUUGGUCAGUUUCUUGGGUUUGGAAGUGUCAGGUCCUGAUGCUGAACGGUCUCUUAAUGUCCUCUUCAGUCUCACCAUCAUUGCAGCAGUUGCUGUUGUCCUCUUGGUGUAUGGAAUUGUCAAGACGUCCAAGAAACAAAAACGUCCUGUAAAGGAACACAUUGACCUUGAGAAAAAAGACAAGUUCUGA